CAAGACCCUGGUCCUCCAGACAUCUGAGGACACGCAGUCAGAAGAACAGACCCUCCCUUUUCCAGUGCCUUUGGAAAGAUCGCAGCUUCGUAGAAUGAGUCCUUUCUCCUCCACCCUUAAUCUACAACCCAGCUUUCCGGGGAGAUCCUACUUUGAGCUAAGAUCUUCGGCCCACCAGCUGAGCUUGCAUUCUUCUUUACAGUCCCUGAAUUCAGCUGGAUGCAAUUUUGACAUUCAAGGAACGCCUUACUCUCAAUUAGUUGACAUUAAAAAAAUGGUGGCAGUUGCUUGGUUUUCUUUCGAUCCUGCCUCUGCCCAUGCUGACAUCAUCUUUUCUAAUGACAACCUGACUGUCACCUGCAACAGCUAUGAUGACAGGGUUGUGCUGGGGAAAACGGGCUUUUCCAAAGGGCUCCAUUACUGGGAGCUGUCAAUCGAUCGUUACGAUAACCACCCUGACCCGGCCUUUGGUGUGGCACGCAUUGAUGUCCUGAAGGAUGCCAUGCUGGGCAAGGACGACAAAGCCUGGGCCAUGUACGUGGACAAUAAUCGGAGCUGGUUCAUGCACAACAAUUCGCACACCAACAGAACCGAGGGUGGGAUAACGAAAGGCGCCACGGUGGGAGUGCUGCUGGAUUUGACCAGGAGGACUUUGACGUUCUCCAUCAAUGAGGACCAGCAAGGGCCUGUUGCCUUUGAGAACUUGGAGGGCCUCUUUUUCCCUGCAGUCAGCCUCAACAGGAAUGUGCAGGUGACGCUGCACACCGGCCUGCCGGUCCCUGAGUUCUACACUUCGCGCUCCGCCAUGCCAUGAGGAUGCUCCUGGAGCCGGCUGCCUCUUCUCAGGAUGAGGAGCCAGCCUGUUCCCUCCUGCGGGACAAGGCCGCUGCGGAGCUGCCGGGUCCCUGCUCUGCCGCCAGCCGGAGACAGGGAGGCAAAGCGGGAAGGAAGAACCCAGCUUUUGGCCGCCUCUGAUCUCCAUCCUCCUGCGCUGUCCUGUGUGUGUGCGCUUCGCUGUUUAGCUCUUUUGGCUGAUGAAGUACCUAAGUAGCCUGAGAUGUUCCUCUGCGUCCGCUUUUAGAUUUGGUUUCAUUGAUUUGAGUUGGGCUCUCGAGGGGGGCAGUUUCGUCUCAUUUGGCAAAGCGCUUUCCCCUCCCAUGGGGCUGGAUGGAGGGACCAGAGAGGGGCCCCCACCACGGGGAAGUUUUUGCCCACACCAGCCCCAAUACUUUGCAGGAUAUUUCUUUCCCCUGUGGCCUUUCUUGCAGGGCACCCUCAGUCACGUGUAGAGGUGGGUCCUGGAUUACCAGUCAGUCUCUGUGUCCUUGCGAAAACACCUGGCCCUGGCCCUUGUCCCCAAGAGGCAUUUCCAUGGGGCGCAGCAGUGGGGCAGGGAGUGGCUGCCCUGUCCCUGGGUGCUCUGCGUGCUGUCAGGGUCUCCCCCAGCUCCCCACAGCCCGGCGUCAGCCUGCACACCACAGCCAUAGACCAGAGAGCCCCUGCCCGGCUCUUUGGAGAUUAGUGUUUAUUUUUUUAUAGUUGCCAUAUAAAGCCUAGCCUUAAAAUCCUGACAGUGUCCUUCUGUUCACCGGAGAAUGCAUUCUGCAGGGAGGGUCUGAUGGGGAGCCCGGGGAUGGGGAUGAGGAUGGGGAUGGGGAGGAAGGAGAGCUGGCCACAGCCCUGCCACGCACUCAGGAAUACGCACCCGCUGCCCUGCCUGCGCCUGCUGCUGGCAGCAGCUCCCAUCGGCCUACCCUGGUAGGGACUUUCUGGUAAUUCAGAGGCAGGAAAGGAGUCAGAGCUGUGGGUGCCAUGCCUGGUGCCAGCUGUGUCCCCGUGCUGAGGGUGCCUGCAUGCGCAUGGCCCCACGCUUCACUAUUCGGUCACUCGCCAUGUCCCGGUGUGGUGCGGAGCUGGGGAGGCAGCUGCCAGGCAGGUACCAGCCUACCCAGCCUGACUGGAGAGCUGCAGCUCCAGAUGCGGGAUCAGGUGGGAUGCUUCGGGAGUACUGGUCCAGCAGGAAGACAAGUGUAAAUAGACCAUUCCCUUCCAGCAUGCCCUCCUCUAGGAUGGUCCCAUUCGUUCCUUUGUUGCUCUAGUUUUAAGUUUACCUAAUUUAUUGGAUGGGUGCUAUCUUGUUGACUUACACCGAGGAGCUUCUCUCAGCUGCAGGAGAGCCGUGUUGCGGGGCAACGCCGAGCAGCUCUUUGGUGAAUAACUGAUGAGCCCCCGUGGCCGGCUCACCCGGGGCUCCUCUCUCAGCCGUUAUCCCCUGUUCUUUAGGAUGUUCAUGGUGCUUAUUAGACUCCCAGUGAUUGUAAGACGUUGUCCCCCCGUACUGCGAUGAUAGCUGCAUACAGCCGCUGUACUGAAGUGUCAUGUUUGCUGUUCUAAUAAAGGACUUUUAUGAGAGAA